GUUUGAUUAGCGAAACGUAAGAACUAAUUCUUUGAGCGGAUGACUACUUUUUGAUCAAAUUUGUGCAAGAUCUUUUCACACUGCGCGUGGUUCUGCAGCAAACAUGAGUACGCUGCGCUUACAGAAGCGGCUGGCCGCAGCCGUCCUCAAGUGCGGCCGCAAGAAAGUCUGGCUGGAUCCCAACGAGACAAACGAGAUCGCAAACUCCAACUCACGCCAGAACAUCCGGAAGCUCAUUAAGGAUGGUCUCAUCAUCCGCAAGCCUGUGGCAGUGCACUCUCGUGCCCGUGUCCGAAAGAACCAAGAGGCUCGGCGCAAGGGUCGCCACUGUGGUCCUGGCAAGAGGAAGGGUACUGCCAAUGCCCGAAUGCCCCGCAAGGUCAUCUGGAUCCGUAGGAUGCGGGUCCUCAGGCGGCUGCUUAAGAAGUACCGCGAGGCCAAGAAGAUCGACAAGCACCUGUACCAUGACCUGUACUUGAAGGCCAAGGGCAACGUGUUCAAGAACAAGCGUGUCCUCAUGGAGUACAUCCACAAGAAGAAGGCUGAGAAGGCCAGGUCCAAGCAGCUCAACGACCAAGCGGAAGCCAGGAGGCAGAAGGUGCGCGAAGCCCGCAACCGCCGUGCCGAGAGGAUACAGCAGAAGAAGGCAGAGAUGCUGCUUUCCCUCCAGAAAGAAGAGGCCGCAGCUGCCAAGAAGUGAUACUGCCACACGGGUGUGGAGGAGAAAUAAAAUUGUGGACUGUUCAUACUGUACACCA